UCUAUAGUCUCGUUCACUAAUGGCGUGUCUUCCGUUAACACACGUUAAAACGUCAAAAUGGCUAAGAAAAAAGGCGAUGAGAAAGUGAAUCAAACCCCUCAAAGUGACAAUGAAGAGCAAAACUUCGAUGAGGAGCCUGAUUUUGAUGAUCCGGAAGGCUUCGUCGACGAUAUUCCUGAUGAGGAAUUGUUGGCUGACAUCCUAGAGCAAAAGCCGAAGGAGUCUGAUGGUUAUGAAAAUGUAAUCGUUGUUGACGGGUGCCCACAAGUCGGCCCCGAGCGUCUAGAGAAGCUGCAAAGCGUUAUAAAUAAGAUCUUUAGCAAAUUCGGAAAGAUUGUUAACGAGUAUUACCCAACAACCGAGAAUGGAGUCACGACUGGUUACAUUUUCUUGGAGUACAACAAUCCCCAGAACGCAGCAGAGGCUGUGAAGGCGACCAAUAAUUGCAAAUUAGAUAAGCAGCAUACAUUUUUAGUGAACCUCUUCACUGAUUUUAAAAAAUAUUCAGAAAUACCAAAAGAAUGGGAGCCACCCUCGCCACAGCCGUUCAAGGUCCAGUCAGAUCUCCAAUGGUACCUGAUGGAUCCAGAUUGUUAUGACCAAUUCCUAGUUGGUAUUGGUACUGGUGUAGCACUCCAAGUGUGGCAAAACGCAUUGCCUGAACCUGUGUUACUGCAAGAACGACCGAAUUGGACAGAAACUUAUGCAGUGUGGUCACCACUAGGGACAUACCUAGCUACAUUCCACUGGAGAGGGGUCGCCUUAUGGGCAGGACCUAAAUUCUCACAGUUCCAGAAAUUCUCACAUCCAGAAGCUAGGUUUAUCUCUUUUUCGCCAUGUGAGAACUAUAUUGUGACAUUCUCACCAAGCAGUGAUAGAGGGAAUGAUGACAAGAAACUCAUUAUCUGGGAUAUAAGGACUGGUCAGGAGAAAAGGAGUUUCCCUCCCCCAGAUGAGUACGUAACAUGGCCAAUAUUCCGAUGGAGCAAGGAUGACAGGUUCUUCGCGAGAUUAGGCCCCGAUAUGCUUUCGGUAUAUGAGACGCCAGGAUUUGGUUUACUGGACAAGAAGUCUAUUAAAAUACCAGGAAUAAGGGACUUCAGUUGGUCGCCUACAGACAACGUUCUAGCUUAUUGGGUUGCUGAGGAUAAAGACGUGCCCGCACGCGUAACUCUUCUAGAACUACCAAACCGUACAGAGACACGUUCAAAGAACUUGUUCUCUGUCGCUGACUGUAAAAUCCACUGGCAGAAGAGCGGUGACUACCUCUGUGUGAAGGUAGACCGCUACUCGAAAGUGAAGAAAGACAAAAAUGAGAUUAAAUAUUCCGGAAUGUAUUACAACUUCGAGAUAUUCCAUAUGAGAGAGAAGGAGAUACCAGUAGACUCAGUAGAGAUCAAGGAGCCUAUCCAAGCCUUUGCUUGGGAGCCUGUUGGGUCCAAAUUCUCUAUAAUUCACGGAGAUCCCGCAAAUAUAUGUAUAAGCUUUUAUCAAGUGAAUACAGGGCAGGCACCUACAUUGCUCAAGAAGUUCGAGAGGAAGCCAUUCAAUCACCUGUUCUGGUCUCCAAUGGGACAGUUCAUGGUGUUGGCUAAUUUGGGAUUGACUGGUGGUGCUUUAGAAUUUUUGGACACCAAUGACUUCACUAUUAUGAAUGUGUCCCAUCAUUAUCAGAUGUCCGGUAUAGAGUGGGACCCGACUGGCAGAUAUGUUGUUACCGGCGUGUCUUCACUCAAGUGUAAAAUGGACUGUGGAUACUAUAUAUGGUCCUUCCAGGGGAAGAUACUUAGAAGAGUAAUGAAGGAAGGUUUCGCGCAGUUCCACUGGCGACCUCGUCCGCCCACGCUCCUCAGCGAGAAACAACAGAAGGAGAUAAAGAAGAACCUCAAGAAAUACUACUCGCAGUUCGAGUCUAAAGACCGUAUGCGCAGCAGUAAGGCCAGCAAGGAAUUGGUGGCGAAACGUACGGAGCAAAUGAAGAAACACGUUGAAUAUAGAGAAGCGAAGACGCAGGAGUGGAACGAGCAGAAACCACGCCGUCUCGAACUGAGGAAUUACGUGGAUACCGACGGUCUGGAUACAGACCAGUCAAACACAGUGGAAGAAGUUGUUGAAUUUUUCGUAAAAGAAGAACAAACCGUCAUCGAGUAGUCGCCAUAGCUCUCCAACGUCAGAGGUCGGCGUGAACACUCCGGCCUCUUUUGUAAAACCGGUUCGAACCGGUUCUAAGCGGAUUCACAGUGAAUACCAACGUUUUUACCAAGCAGGCAUCAAUAUUUUCACCGAUUUUUUGUACAUUCACCAUUUGUAUUUAGUCACAAAUAAGGUUUUAUAAGCAGUUAAUUCCAUUAUGUUAUUCAAUUUAAUAAUUCGGUUUAUAAAUUAUACAAUAGGUAAUGUUUAUAGAAAUCAUAUUAAAUUGAUAUGUUUUAAACGUACAA